UUUGUUGUAGCUUGCAAACACGUUGAUCUUUCCUACCGGAAGAUGAACGGAAGCUUGUUCUUGAUGAUUGAUAGCAUAAUGGCUCGAGAUGAAGCUUGUCAUAUGCUUUAUAAUAUUUCAUCUUUGUAGUUCCAAGUACGACUCUUUCUCCUCAAAUGCAGAACUUUCAUGUCACACGUUCCAACACGAGGAAGACGACUUGCAAAGCACGGCCAAAUCGCCGAUCGUCAACGCAACAAGCUCAAGUGCCUCAGUUCGGCAACUGGGAAACUGCUCAAGAUUUCCCUCACACACAAUGCUUCGAUCAUGCCUGGAGGAGAAAGAGUGGAAGAAAUGCCACCAAUCCGAUUGGUCCUAAUGAAAGCUCAGAAGCUCAUGCUAAAGCUACAUCUACAACUGAGUCCAUUGCUGAUACCACAAAACCCAAGGAUGCAAAUCCUCUGAAGAUUAAUGGUGGUAAUUUUCGCCGAACCGCGACACCCCCCGUGCGCAAAUCCCCCGCAAAUCGAGCAAUUUUUGGUGACAACCAGAAGAGGUUUCAGGGUAGAAUAGCAUCAGAAGUCACUCCAGGAAGAAUCAGAAGAAACCUCUGCGAUCGAGCAAAUGCAACACCUGACCACCAUUAUGUAUUUGUGCCACCUUUCGCGGGAUGGGAUGAGAACGAUCCAGCAUCAGGCCAGAAGUAUACUGAAGUCUUCAACAAAGUAGCUGAUCAAAGAACUCCUGGAACUCCAUUUAAGCCAUCGCAACCGAGUUCUCUGAAGCAGAAAAGCACUGAACCUAAGGGCUGUGGGUGCCUAAGUUGGAUCUUUUGAGCUGAAGACUUCCUACCCUGGUGAGCAUUUUUGGAGGUGCAUGCAGAAUUCUCCAGAUAAGGCAUGUCCAAUGGAGAUGGAUGUGUUCUCAAUAUCUGUCUGUUUAGCAUCUUAUCAUAAUGUCAUUGCAUGUUUGUAUGCAAGUUUGCAUUUUCUUUUUCUUUUUCUUGUAUCAUGGCUGCUGCUUUACAAGCUUGUCGACCAUUUUCUGGCGUUGACUUUGAUGCUAAAAUGAAGAAAGAUGGUAACUCUUUUCCAGGAAUUUCAGCUGAAGUGGCAUAUAAAGCUUAUUUCAGAGGCAUCAAUAG